GUUUACAGCGAUAAUUUGUCAGCUAAUUUAAUCAUGCGGACGAGUUUUAUUAUAUGUACUCGAAUUUUGUGACAAUCACAAUGGAACAUUCGCCACCAUCCAGUCUGCGACGAAUUGAUAAUAAAGAUGAAGACGCAGAUGAGUUUUAUUCGGACGAAAAAAGAUCUUCGAUUGCAUCGCAAUCGUCGUCCAUUAUACAAGAUGCGGAAAUUUCUGCCGCAAAAGAAAAAUUCUGGGACGAAAAGAAGCAAAAAAUCACAAUUGGAUGCGUCAUUGUUAUAUUUCUUGCGGUUUCAUGGGUUGGGACGCAACAAUUUGCACAAAAUGCCGUGCAGCUUGCCAGCUUCAAUGCUCCUUACUUCACCACUUGGAUGGGAACAUGUUGGAUGACUUUGUGCUUUCCAGCUUACACUAUUUUUAUAGGAUUGAAAUUCAGGAACCGUGCGGAAAUAUCAAUGUCUUUCAGAGAUGCAGCGCGAAUGUUUAAAACUCCUGAAAUAUCGAAAACACAGUUCUUCUUGAAGAUUGUUCCUUUAAAUAUGUUGUGGCUGGCCACAAAUUACUUGUAUAUUUCCAGCCUGAAGUUUAUUGCUGCAACCGAUGCUUCUGCCAUAUUUGCUUCAAAUGUUGCUUUUGUCUACAUGCUGGCGUUGUGCAUUCUUCAUGAAAGACUUUACGCUAUAAGGAUUUUUGCCUGCAUUUUUUGCAUAGCUGGGGUUGCAUUAUUUGCCUAUGCCGAUGGUUUCGUGGGCGGAUCCGGAAUUUUGGGAGGUACCAUGAUGACAGUUAUAUCUGCUUUUGGAGCAGCGCUUUACAAGGUUAUUUUCAAGUCGUGGUUGGGAACUGCAAAUUUGGGGCAAGUUUCUCUCUUCCUGUCUUUGCUCGGAGUCAGCAACGCAGUUUUUAUGUGGAUCGUGUUUUUGAUUCUUUAUUUUACUGGAGUGGAAUACUUUGAAGCGGAUGAUAUACCAUGGUCAGACCUGACCACGUCGAACUUUCUUUCUUUAGUGUUCAACUUUGCUGUUAAUUUCGGCGUGGCUUAUACGUAUCCUUUAUUUAUAUCGAUUGCAAUGAUGCUGGGAAUCCCGCUCAACGCAGUCGUUGACAUUUUUGUGAAAGGCGUUACAUUCAGUCCUGCAAGGCUCGCUGCAGCUUUUCUUGUAAUACUUGGUUUCUGUGUUAUGCUUUUUCCGGAUCACUGGAACUAUCCAAUCCAUGAUGCUUUUCUCUGUAAGUGUCAAAAUUGCAAGACUUCCAUCGAAAAAGAACAUGCAGAAACGAACAACGGAAGAGGUUAUACGAACCACAAGAUUACAGAAGAAAAAGUGUGAAACCAAAAAUCCACAAAUUGCAUGCACUAUUGCUUAUAUCUGCAAUGUGUUUUUAUAUAAGAAU